CAGAAGCUUUAUAAAACCUCCCACAUCCGCUCAUACCAAAACGGUAACAGGCGGAGGGGAAAAAUAUACGGAACGUUACAAAAGAUAGGUUUGAAAACAAACGGGCUACGUUUGCCAGCAGGCUCGGCAUAAGUGCAGAUCUUUCUUUAACUCGAGUUUCUCUAGAAAGUGUGCACGAUGGCUCUACAAGAUGUCGCCCUCUCUGAAGUCAGACAGCUUCUAGUGGAAAAUUCUGGUUUCUCUGAAAUGGCAAAUACUAACAGCUUCUACGCACAUGAUAUUAAGGAGCAUGAUGUUGAAACACCAUUUGGUAUUAUUCGCGUUGCAGUGCGUGGUGCAUCUAAAGGAAUUAGGCCAGUCUUACUCACUCUUCAUGACAUUGGGAUGAAUCAUAAAUCAUGUUUUGACACUCUUUUCAACUCCGAGGACAUGCAGGAAAUAAUACUACAUUUUGCAAUUUACCAUAUUGAUUUACCGGGCCAGCAUGAAGGAGCUUCAUCUUUUCCAGCUGGAUACGAAUAUCCAUCAAUGGACCAAAUGGCAGAGUUAAUUCCUGCUGUCUUAAAACAUUUUGGUUUGAGGAGCAUUAUUGGAUUAGGAGUUGGAGCUGGUGCUUAUAUCCUGACCAGAUUAGCUUUGACUUAUCCUGAUCUUGUUGAAGGACUCUGUCUCAUUAAUAUUAAUUGCAAUGCUGAAGGAUGGAUGGACUGGGCAGCAACUAAGCUUACUGGCUGGACCUCUAAUUUGGCAGAUGUUUUGAUCAGUCAUCUCUUUAGUAAGGAUGAAAUAAAUUCUAAUCCUGAAUUGAUCCAGACAUACCGUAAUCACAUCUCCACUGGGCUUAAUCAUCACAAUCUUCAGCUGUUUGUUGACUCGUACAACAGUCGAAGAGACUUGGAAAUUGGACGACCUCUUCCUGGACAUCAUCAAAGAACUACUUUAAAAUGUCCCACAUUAUUGGUGGUUGGCGACAGUUCACCUGCAGUAGAUGCUGUGGUUGACUGUAAUACUAAGCUUGAUCCAACAAAAACUACUCUGCUAAAGAUGUCUGAUUGUGGAGGACUGCCACAAAUUGUUCAGCCAGCAAAACUUACGGAAGCUCUGAAGUAUUUUGUGCAAGGAAUGGGCUAUAUGCCUGCAGCCAGCAUGACCCGACUAAUGAGAUCCCGUUCAGCAUCAGGAUCCAGUGUAGCAUCCACAGAGGGUAACAGAAGCCGAACUCACACUGGCGAGGCUGCGAAGUUUUAUACUCAUCCCACAAGUGGACUGCACCAGAACACAAAUGCUAAUGCCAACCCAAAUGCAAAUGUGGGAAGUGUUGAACACUCUGGCCCUCAGUCGACAGAGAUUUCAUGUUGAAGCCUUUCUCACUACCACCCUAAAAAAAAAAUCAAAUGUGUUAUAAAGUUACCCUCAAUGCAUUCAAUGGGCACGUUGUAGAGGGCAUGUGGAAAAAUGUAGAAAUUAAAACCUUUGUGCAUACUUUCCUGUUUGGGACAUUUCAAUUGGUGCUGUAUUUGAAUACCAGGGUUCCAAAAUUGCAUGAUAUAACAAAAUCAAACUUUCUUUGGAAGCAAUGCAUUCUGGGUAACUAUUCUCCAAACAUGCCCAUUAGUCUCAUGUCAUGUGAAGAAGUUAAAUGUUCAGAUGUGUAUAUAGUUCAAUUAAUUUCUUAAUUAAGAAAUGUUAAAUCUUAGGUGCUGUAACUUUUUGUAAAACGUUAAUUGUCUGUUGACUUUCCACUUUGAUGUGCUGUUGCUUUUUAAGCCCUAAGUAUAAACAUUGCUUUUUUGAUGCUGCUGUUACUUCCUGGUGCAAACUUACCUUUAGUCUGCUUAUAUUUGUAACUAGGCAAGUAAAAUUUUGAUUUUUUUUUUUGAAGUUGUGCUUAGAAUAUUACUUCAUAGUUUCAGAUUAUUCUAAAGAGUUUGUAUUACAGUAACUUUGUACUUUUGGAUUUCCUUGCAAGAAUCCUUUUGAAUGAUAUUGUGAUUUCUAGUAAAUUUUUGAUGCUUUGAGUUCUAAAAGUUGCAGCCAAAAUAUGAAUUCUGAUUGGGUGCUCAGUAAUAUGGUGUAUAUUUUCAUAUUCCAAGGUUUUUCUUCAACUGGAAUUUUUUUCUGAGCAUGUAUCAGUUUACAGUAUCCUAAAAUCUGUGGACAAAUAGGAAUGCCAAGAUAAAUGAUAUAAUCUGAAAAUGUUAAGCCAUACUUGCAUUUAUUUGCCCAGAAAUGUAUUAUGCUUUCCCCUGCUACCUAUGAUCCUGUUUUCUAAGCACAGCAGGUUGUGCAUAUUACAUGAAGCUUAUUAGCCAAAAGGCUUACUUAACAUGCUGUAAAAUUUCAUGCCUAAAUUUGUAUUAAAAAUUCUGAACAAAAUGGCUAACAUUUAAUUGUGAUAAUAUUCCUCUUCAAUGAUGUGACCUGUGUUAUUUUUAGACUUCCAUUUUAUUUAUGUUUUAGGGAUCCAACAUUGGCAAUCUA